UAGCUUCCGAGUCAAAGUUUUGAUAAUAUGUUGUAAGAAACAACAAGUAGUUGCAUCAUAAUAACCCCUUUGAUUCGGUAGCCAUUAGAGACCUCAGAAGAAGAGAAGUUUUUGAUUCUUCGACGAGACUUUACUGAUUUUGCAUCGAACAAGAGAGGAAGAAGAAAAAGCGGAAAAAAAAUUCUGGGUUUCGAUUUUGGGUGAGAGAUAACAAACCCUAGGUGUGUCGUGUGAAUCGUGAUCAUAUGCUUUUUUGAGUCGACGAUUAGCAAAGCAAACACUAUGAUGAACACUUCUAAUGGAAUGAUAUCAGCGCCAUCUUCAUCGUCUUCACCGGCGGCGAAUCCUCAGUCGCCGGGAAUUAAGACUUAUUUCAAGACGCCUGAAGGGAAGUAUAAGCUUCACUACGAGAAAACGCAUUCCUCUGGUCUCCUUCACUAUGCACAUGGCAAAAAGGUUACUCAGGUAACUCUAGCUCAGCUGAAGGAAAGAGCUGCUCCUUCUACUCCAACUGGUACUUCGUCGGGUUACAGUGCUAGUAGCGGGUUUCGCUCAGCAACAGCCAGGUUGCUAGGCACUGGAAAUGGUAGCCGUGCGCUUAGUUUUGUUGGAGGUAAUGGUGGGGGCAAAAGUGUGAGUACAAGUUCAAGAAUUAGUGGCUCCUUUGCUCCUUCUAAUUCUAGCACAUCGAUGACAAAUACGAAUUUUGAUGGGAAAGGAACUUACUUGGUCUUCAAUGUGAGUGAUGCUAUUUUUAUCUGUGACUUGAACUCACAAGACAAGGAUCCAGUAAAGUCUAUUCAUUUCAGUAAUUCAAACCCUAUGUGUCAUGCUUUUGAUCCGGAUGCUAAGGAUGGGCAUGACUUACUUAUUGGGCUGAAUUCUGGGGAUGUGUACACUGUAUCACUGAGACAGCAAUUACAGGACGUCUCUAAGAAGCUAGUUGGUGCACUGCAUUAUAACAAGGACGGUUCUGUAAAUAACAGUCGUUGUACUAGUAUUUCUUGGGUGCCUGGAGGUGAUGGAGCAUUUGUCGUUGCUCAUGCCGAUGGCAAUUUGUACGUGUAUGAGAAGAACAAAGAUGGUGCCACUGAGUCAACAUUUCCUGCUAUAAGAGAUCCUACACAAUUUUCAGUUGACAAGGCAAAAUAUAGCAAGAGUAAUCCUGUUGCGAGAUGGCAUAUAUGUCAAGGUUCAAUUAACAGCAUUGCAUUCUCAAAUGAUGGGGCACACUUGGCGACUGUUGGAAGAGAUGGCUAUCUUCGCAUUUUUGACUUCUUAACCCAGAAGCUAGUAUGUGGUGGAAAAAGUUAUUAUGGUGCUCUGCUGUGCUGUUCUUGGAGUAUGGAUGGAAAGUACAUUUUGACUGGAGGUGAAGAUGACCUAGUUCAAGUGUGGAGUAUGGAUGAUCGGAAGGUUGUGGCGUGGGGUGAGGGACAUAAUUCGUGGGUAAGCGGAGUAGCGUUUGAUUCCUAUUGGUCGUCACCAAAUUCAGAUGGGUCAGGAGAGCAUGUCAUGUACCGUUUUGGAUCGGUUGGACAGGACACACAGUUACUUCUCUGGGACCUUGAGAUGGACGAGAUCGUAGUUCCACUUAGGCGAGCUCCAGGUGGGUCUCCAACUUACAGCACAGGAAGCUCAGCUCACUGGGACAAUGUCAUACCAAUGGGAACUCUUCAACCCGCUCCUUGCAAACGAGAUGUUCCAAAGCUCUCACCGAUCAUAGCUCACCGAGUUCACACUGAGCCCCUCUCUGGAUUGAUGUUCACACAAGAAGCAGUCGUUACGGCUUGCCGAGAAGGCCAUAUAAAGAUUUGGACACGGCCCAGCGAAUCAGAAACCCAAUCCAACAGCUCAGAAGCAAAUCCUACAAGUGCCCUCUUGAGCACAAGCUUCACAAAAGACAACAAAGCCUCACUGAGCAGCAAGAUCAUCGGUGGUUCUACUUUCAAGCAAUGACGGAGAGAUGCUCCUUGUCCGAAAAUCAGGUGCUAUUAUUUAGUCAUGUUUCUCCUUCUAAAGUGAAAGAAAACCUUUAAAGAAAAGCCCUGUGAAUAAAAUUCGACUGGGUUUUGUUUUUUUCAUAUAUAUUUUAAAAGAAGGUCCAAAAUCUGAAUUCUGACUGUAAAUUGGAGGCUGACAAAUUAAGUUUGUGGGGGGCAUAGAAGAGAAAAUAUGGGAGAAUUUUCGGAUGUAAUUAUAAGAAAGAAAACAAAAUGUGUUACAUAAGAGUCUCAUCAACCAAUAAUGCAACUUUUGUGCUUCAGAAGAA